AUGGCUGAUUUGUCAUCCCAAGCUUUCCCGGUCAACACUCCGAAGUUUUGGGGGAACGAGAAGGAGUUGGUGGCAAAGUGCAUUGAGACGGGCUGGAUUUCUUCGGAAGGUCCGGCAGUGAAGGAUUUCGAGGGCAAAUUAGCCGCCAGAUGUCAACGAAGGCAUGGAAUCGCAUGCGCGAACGGCACGGCUGCGUUGGACAUAGCCGUGCAGGCGCUUGGGCUUGGGCAAGAUGAUGAGGUCAUCCUGCCGACCUUCUGCAUCAUCUCAUGCAUCAAUCAGAUCGUCCGUGGCGGCUCCAAGCCGGUCCUGGUCGACUCUGAUGACAGCUUUAACAUGGACGUGUCCCAAGUUGCGGCGAAGCUCACACCCAAAACGAAGGCCAUCCUGUGCGUUCACACGUACCACUUCCCUGUCGACAUGGAGCCAAUCAUGGCUCUUGCGAAGGAGAAAGGCCUCAAAGUCAUCGAAGAUGCCGCAGAAAUGAUUGGCCAGACCUGCGCAGGGAAGCCUUGCGGCUCCUUUGGUGACAUUAGCACCAUGAGCUUCUACCCCAACAAGCACAUCACAACAGGUGAGGGUGGAAUGGUUCUCUGUGAUGAUCCUGACUUAGCAGAUCGGUGCCGAAAGCUGCGAAAUCUGUGCUUCGAUCCCAAGAAGAGACGUUUCGUGCAUGAGGAGCUUGGAUGGAAUUACAGAAUGACCAACCUGCAGGCUGCUUUAGGGCUGGGGCAGCUGGAAUUCUUGGAUUCCGCCGUGCUUCGCAAGCGAGAGAUUGGGCAGCUUUACGGCACAUUGCUGAAGGGCUGUCCAGGUUUGGUCUUGCCUCCUGAUGUGAACCACAAGAACGAGAAGAACAUUUAUUGGGUCUACGGAGUCGAGCUGGAGGCUUCAGUGGCCGCUGACGCAGAGGAAGCCAUGCGGAGACUUGCAGAUGCCAAGGUUGGCACGAGACCAUUCUUUUGGCCGAUGCACGAGCAGCCGGUGUUUCUGCAGAAGGGCAUGUUCGAAGGUCUCACCUUCCCCGUGGCCGAGCGAAUUGCCAGGAGAGGUUUCUACAUACCAAGUGGUUCGUGCCCCGGCUCGGUGCAGUUCUAA